AUGAACUUGUCGCCCACUGUGACUUCGAGCUCCGACAGCGAUGAACCUGCCACUCACCCCGUCAAUGAUGCUGACGAAGAUGAGGCUGACCAAGUGGUCGGUGUCAGCAUUAGUCGCACCCAAAGUCGCAUGAAGGCCCGCAAGACACCUGCGGAGGAAAAGAACCGUGUCAUGGAACACAAUGGGGGUUAUUUCGAGACCAUUCCCGACGAGGUCGACUCGGACGGUCUGUAUCUGUCUGAGAUCACCGCCGAGCCCGAGUCUCUCCCGGAGCCCCCCAGAAAACAACCCGCUGUCGAUCAUACGCCCCAGGAACCCGGCAAGGAUGCGGGGACAGAAGCUUCGGUCACGACAGAUUCAGAUAGCCAGCGAUUGCCCAAGGAUCAACGGUCCAGCUUCACCCGAUCGAUCUUGAAAAGCGGCCUGCCGCUGCGUUCGCGGGCCUGGUCGGGCGGCGACGCGUUCAAGAAGUUCCUUCCGGAUCUGGGUUCCCUGGCGAAACGGCCAUCCUUGUCGUUUGGCAAGUCGAAUUCGAACCAGCAGCGUCCUCGCAGUCAGACCGUGAAGCCUUCGCCGUCCAGGUUGGCUUUGGAGCAAAAGGAGCAGUCUCCGGUCCGGCCGCAACGCCCGUCGACUUCCAGUGUAAAUCAAAUCGACAGCAAUGGAGCUGAGGAGCCUAUCUCAGAGCUCAAGCCUCUCAAUGAAUCAGCAGCUGCAAAGCAUUCGUUUACCCGCAGACCCAGCUCGACCGUUGGAGGAGCACCGCCCGUGCUCAGGAGAUCCUCUUCCGACCAGUCCUUGUACUUGAGAGCAUCUUCGACUGCGUCUUCUCUCGAUCAGCGACCCCAGUACGAACAUAUUCAUUCCCAGGUCAAUAGCCGAUUCAAAGCCAUCAAGGACAGUCUCCAGGAUUCCAGCAGCCGUCUGCUGAGUAUGCCCACUCUGCAUCUCCAGGACAUACGGAGUGAUUGGGGCUACAAGCCGUUUAUGAACGAUGUCUCCCAACGCAAGGGUAACAAUUAUUCGGAUGAGCCUCAGCCACCGCCUGAGAUUCCUACUCCAGACCCUUCAGAGCCCCAGAAUCGUAUCCCACGGUCGAACUCCAACACCUUGCACCCCAUUCUAACUGAAGCCAUGUCCGAAAUGACAGGUGACGUCGUUGUUAUGGGAGGAUACCGAGGAUCUAUCCUGCGCUCGGCCAAACCACCGCAGCGUCAGCUGUGGGUUCCGAUGAAAGUUGGUUUGAAUAUCCGCAAGGUCGAUCUCGAGGUGGGCUUGAACCCGGAAGACGAGGAGCGGAUGGAGGAAAGCAUCAUCCCUUCUGGUGUGCUCUCGCAUGUUGGUCCAGUGGAUAUCUGCCGCCGGUUGAUUAAGCGACUGCAGAAAUGCGACAAUGCUGUCAACGGGGAUCUUCGAGUGUGGGACUAUGGAUAUGACUGGCGGUUGAGCCCGCAUCUGCUGUCUAGGAAAUUGAUUAAGUUUCUCGAGGGUCUACCGUGCAACGCCCCUGAUGUGCCCCGUGAGAAACGUGGAGCAUAUGUGAUUGCUCACAGCUUGGGUGGUCUUAUUACGCGACACGCUGUGAACCAACGACCUGAGCUGUUCGCUGGUGUCAUCUAUGCAGGCACGCCGCAGCAUUGCGUCAACAUUUUGGGACCGCUUCGAAAUGGUGACGAGGUCCUGCUGAGCUCCCGAGUUCUCACGGCGCAAGUGAAUUUCACUUUCCGGACCAGCUUUGCCCUUCUCCCCGAGGACGGUCACUGCUUCAUCGACAAACGGACUAAAGAAGAGUAUCGGGUGGACUUUUUCGACGCCAAAGCCUGGGAUGAAUGGCGUCUGUCGCCUUGUAUCAACCUCGCUCUUCCACCCUUGACUGGCAAGAACUUCAAGGAUAACUUACCUCUUCUCGGAAAGCGGUUGUCCACCGUUCUGAGUGGUUUGACAGAUACAGAUGAGACAAACGAUUCAUCCCACAAGGCAGAAGACCUUCCCCACCCUGAUAUCAACCAUCAUAAUACCAUGCCACAAGACAAUCGAAACGCCCCUAAAUCCACGAACCCAUUCUCAGAAGUACACCACAAGGCUUCUGCGAUGGCUCCAUCGAUCGACGGCCUCGUGGGACCAACCUCCAACCCGAAAGCCGCUCCCGCAUUCAAAGCCUCAACUACCUCCACCAUCCCCCGCCCAGCGGCAAUCGCCUACCUCGAACGCACCCUCGCUGAAGUCUACCGCUUCAAACAAGAGCUCGCCUACAAUCCUAUCCACCAGUCUGAAAACCGCUACCCGCCCUGUGCCGUGCUGUAUGGAAAGUCGGUGCCUACCGUCUAUGGCGCCCGAGUCUGGUCGCGUGAGCAAAUUAAGCACCAAGAUGCUUAUGAUGACCUGGCAUUUGCCGCUGGGGACGGAGUCUGCCUUGCUUCCGCUGCCAUGUUGCCUUCUGGUUACCGGAUUAUCAAGGAUGGGUUGGUGAAAAGUGACCGGGGUCAUGUGGGGUUGUUGGGUGAUCUCGAGGGUGUCGGGCAAUGUCUUCGGGCUCUUGUCCGAGGCCGGCGAGAAGGGGUGGGAAUGAGCACUCCUCUCGCAUAG